AUGACCAGCCAGUCUCAGGGGAUCCAACAGCUCCUGCAGGCAGAGAAAAGGGCCAAGGACAAGCUAGAGGAAGCAAAGAAGAAAAUCUGUUGCUUCUCAGGAAAGGGGAAGCGACUGAAGCAGGCUAAGGAAGAAGCCGUGGCCGAGACUGACCAGUACCGAAUACAGAGAGAGAAGGAGCUCCAUCUGAAGCAGUCCAAGAUGAUGGGCUCUCAGAACCACCUCUCAGAUGAAAUAGAAGAGCAAACACUAGAGAAGAUAAAAGAAUUGCACAGAAGCCACAACAAAUGUAUGGAGAGUGUGAUCGAGCAGCUGCUAGGCAUGGUAUGUGACAUGAAAGCAGAAGUCCAUGUGAACUACAGAGCCACCAACUGA